AUGGGUGAUGCCCUUCCGAUUGUUGAACCAACUCUCGUGGCCCGGAAGCAGUCCCGAGGGUUGGGUACCGCUGCCGAAUAUCAACCGCUUGCGUCCACUGUGAAGCCGGCCACACUUGCCGUACGGGAAUCGGACAGUAUUGAACCACUUGGAGGUAAGGGUAAGUUACAAGCCUUUCACCAAAAGUGGAGUCGCGAGUUUCUGCAUUGCGACGCUCGGUCGUCGGUCGCGCGCGACCGAUGGGCGACGGAAAAUGGAGUUUCUUCUGGCGUGAUUCGGUUACGCCGUCGAUCUGGGCAACAUAUGGCGAUUUCCAUCAGUAUGCUACAAACAUGGAGGAGGAGCAUUCCUGAUCCCUUACCUGGUGAUGUUGCUGAUCGGCGGCUUGCCGAUGUUCUAUAUGGAAUUGGCCCUUGGUCAAUUUCAUCGAUCUGGCUGUGUGAGCAUUUGGCGGAAGGUGUGCCCCCUCUUCAAAGUUUUUUCCUGGGAGAUGUUCUUACCAAUCAGGUCGUUGUUUUAGGCAUAGGGUACGGUAUCUGUUUCAUCUGCACGUUCAUAGCCUGUUUCUACAACGCCAUUAUUGCACACGCUGUCUAUUUUGUUGCAAGCUCGAUAGCGCUCGAAGUCCCUUGGAAAACAUGCAAUAAUUCAUGGAACACUCCUCUCUGCACGGAUUCGCUGAACGACACGUUGGGGAAGAGCGGUGAGCGACUGACAACACCCAGCGAGGAAUUCUACUUG